CGCUGGAGGCGCCUGUACUUGUAGAAGCAGCCCGCGUCUAGGCUACCUGCAAGACCUCCAAACGCAAUUUAUCGAUUGCAUCCGACAACGUUGCGGCGGCAAUCGAGUUGCUGCAUCAAAUCGAAAGAUAUUUACCAAUCAAGCAUUGGUGUACGACAAUAGAUACAUCGACACCCCAUAAACCCGAUUGCGAAUUGAGCUCUGAGCUGCUGCUAAUCUCUGCACUCCCGACGCUAGGCACCUGGGAUUGGUCUCGCAGCUUGGCUUUCUUCAACGGAAUUCGAAAAAACGGACACUCGUAUUGCUGUCACACCGAAUCGCAUCCUAAUAUCUUCACCAAACCACGUUGAAUCAUCCAUCGAAAGCGACCCGGCUGUCGAGCCCUGAGAGCUAUGGCCGCUGCUGCAGUCUCAGUGCCGGACCAGAUCCGCCAGCUCGACGGCGCCAGAAAGCUGGUGCUGGAAAAUGUUAGCUAUUACAAAGAUGUUGUUCGCGGGACUCUACCCCUGAUAGGAGCAAACUCUGCCGUCGAGAUUAGAAGAUGGGGAGCAGACUUUCUCGCCGAGGCUUUCGCGACACCAGCGGUGCCUAAUGGCGAGAAGGAGACGAUGCAGCCCUAUGUCCUGGUGACGCUAGAGGCUCUACUUGAAGAUAAGAACCAGGAUCCGUAUGUACUGCGAAGUGUAAUACAGACGGCUGCUAGCAUUUACCCGUUGGCUUUGAGAUGGAUUAUAAAUAACGGCUACGAUACUAUAACAUGGGAUAAAAUGAUGGAAAUCAAGCAAAAGAUUCUACAAAUAUGGGAGCGGGCGCCACCGACUGUGAGCAUCUGCUGCAUCAAGUUUGCGCAGCGCAUCAUCUUGGCGCAGUCGCAUAGCUCUGGAGCAGAGCACCGACAUGCGACCAGUCUAGACCUUUCACUCGACAAGAUCCCGCCGAACCACCAAUCGUUGGACACAAGAACCCUACAAGCAGAGGCAACGGGGCUGUUGGACCGGAUGCUGACCAUCCUGCAAGAGAGCAAUGACGCUCUUCUCGUGGAUGCCGUUUUGAACUCUUUGUGCAUUCUGAUUCGAACACGACCAGGCACCUCUAGUCGAAUCGUAACAGCACUUCUCAACUUCAACCCAGCGCAGCUCGCCUCAACAUCCAGUAGCCCACGCACGAGGGUUAUGGUUCGAUCGAUGGAAAAGACGACACGUAUUCUACUUACACAUCUGGUGCGACGCGAUCCUCAAAAUCCUGCGAACCCAAGAAUACAGCAACAGAUUGAGCGCAACAUGCGGUUGUUCAGCGAAGCCUUUAGCGACUCAAAAAAGAGGCCGUUGGAUGCCAAAGGAGUGGAAUCGGGAGAUGUCACGAGGCAAAGAAUCGAUGUAUCGACGAUACAGAUUCCAGCGUUUACUGCUGGUAGCCACAGUGUUGCAGAUCUUUUUGCGCUGAUCCCACCGGAUGGCUUGCGGACAUUUGAUGUAGCGCAAGUUCCGGCGCCACUUGUUUCGAAAGUCUCCAUCAAUGCGCUGUCUAAGCUUGAUAAUGACGUCUUUACGCGAGCUCUGGAAGCUGUCCGUGACCGUCUCCUAUCAGUUGCCAACACACCUGCCGGAGCAGUCAACCCCAACACUGCCCCUCUGGGUGUCGAUGACGACGAUGACGACUAUGAGCCUGACUUUUAUGAACCCGAAGAUGCUGAACAGCUCCUCAACAAACAAGAUGGGUCAUCUUCCACUCUUGAAGCUAUUGGCUUAGAGGAUGGUCUUGGUUUGACGUCCUUUAGCUUGCCCCAGCCAGCUCAGCUGACACCUGAAGCGGCAUUGGCAGCUGGUAAUGGUACCGUCGGUCGAGUUCUUGAUAUGCUGAAAGAUAUAGACGAACCUACUAGUAAGAAGCUUGGGUUUGUUCGUUUGGCUGCUAGUGCUGGCAGCCGUGAUGCGUGGAUGACGAUUUUAACACGUCUUGCCACAAGAUCCUCUGCCACCUUGGAUGAGAUCAAAGUCAAAGGAGAGGAUGAAGGUCUAAUCAGCCAGUCUCUGAGCAACAGCAUCCGCGAAAUCUUGUUCAAUUAUGUUAUGGAAGACUUCCGUAAGCACAUUGAUGUCGCUGUCUCGUGGCUCUGCGAAGAGUGGUACAAUGACAAGCUACUCAGCCGCCUACCAGGCAACCGCCCUGCCUACUAUGAAAAGUUUGCUCUACGUUUGCUCGACGGCUUCCUACCGUACCUUCAUUCCAGAGACAAAGUGCUUACUCGUUUCCUGAGUGAGAUUCCAGAGCUUAACAGCACUAUGCUAGCAAGAGUGAAGCAAAUGUGUCGCGACCCUAGUGUUGUGGAUCUUGCUCUUAAGAGUCUACUCUACCUGGUUCUAAUGAGGCCGCCAGCGAAGGAGAUUGCUCUGGAUACCGUCCAAGAUAUCUGGACUGAGUACGAAGAUGCUAGAUCUAUGGCAGCUAAGUACUUGAAGAAGUACAGACCCGACUUUUUGGAAUCAGCCACUGGCAAUACCGGCGGAGCAAACGACAGGAUGGCAAUCACAGCAGCAUAAAGUUUGAUCUGAUAGAUUGGAUGUGUAGCGCUAUUACGCUGAAGGAUGCAACCCAGGCCGCCACUACUCGGAAGUGGCUUUUCGUUGAGCGAGGAAAACUAUUGGCAUAUACUGGCGUUUGUGUUAUUUACGGGGUUUACUCUGGUGUACAGAGCAAUGAUAUAUCUGUAGGUUUAGCAACGAGCAUAGAGAAGGGGACUACGACGGCUGUGACGAUAGGAACCAUGUCUUAAUACUAUAUCAACCAAUUGGGACAUACGAUGGCUAUUUUCAGCUUGAUAGCUCUUUAUCUCCUUAAUUUUGAACUUUUGCCUCUUUUUUCCCCAACC